AUGAACUCAUUUGCGUCAUUAGGUCUGAUAUAUUCAGUAGUAAACCUUUUAACUAGAGUAGAGGCUCAAAUUGUGUUCUACCAGAAUAGUAGUACUUCACUGCCUGUCCCUACUUUAGUAUCCACCUCAAUAGCAGAUUUUCACGAGUCCUCAUCAACUGGCGAAGUGCAGUAUUCAUCCUCUUAUUCGUAUGUGCAGCCCUCAAUAGACUCCUUCACUUCAUCUAGCUUCUUAACAAGUUUUGAAGCUCCUACCGAAACUUCUUCCAGCUAUGCAGUUUCUUCCUCAUUGAUAACUUCUGAUACUUUUUCUUCAUACUCUGAUAUCUUCGAUGAAGAAACAAGUUCAUUAAUAUCAACCUCAGCUGCCUCAUCGGAGAAAGCCUCGUCCACCCUUUCUUCAACUGCACAACCUCAUAGGACAUCUCACUCUUCCUCUUCAUUCGAGCUACCAGUCACUGCUCCAUCAUCCUCUAGUUUACCGUCCUCAACUUCAUUGACAUUUACGUCAGUUAAUCCAUCUCAAAGUUGGACUUCAUUUAACUCAGAAAAAUCUAGCGCUCUUUCCUCAACCAUAGAUUUUACUUCUUCUGAGAUUUCAGGUUCAACAUCUCCAAAGAGCCUGGAAAGUUUCGAUACCACCGGUACUAUAACUUCAUCUUAUUCUCCUUCUCCUUCUUCAAAAAAUUCUAACCAGACCUCACUACUCAGCCCAUUGGAGCCUCUGUCCAGUUCUUCAGGAGAUUUAAUAUUGAGUUCAACUAUUCAAGCUACUACCAAUGACCAAACUUCAAAAACUAUUCCAACUCUUGUUGACGCCACAUCGUCAUUACCACCAACAUUGAGGUCAUCCAGUAUGGCACCAACAAGUGGUUCUGAUUCAAUCUCACACAACUUUACGAGCCCCCCCUCUAAAACAAGUGGUAACUACGAUGUUUUGACUUCAAACUCAAUAGAUCCUUCUCUAUUUACAACUACGAGUGAAUAUUCAUCUACACAAUUGUCGAGUUUAAAUCGGGCCUCAAAAAGUGAAACAGUUAAUUUCACUGCUUCUAUUGCUUCCACACCAUUUGGUACAGAUUCGGCUACUUCUCUAAUAGACCCCAUUAGUUCAGUGGGUUCUACAGCAUCUAGCUUUGUGGGAAUUUCAACCGCCAAUUUUAGUACACAAGGGAACUCGAACUAUGUUCCUGAAUCAACUGCAAGUGGAAGUUCACAAUACCAGGACUGGUCAAGCUCUUCUCUUCCGCUGUCACAAACCACUUGGGUUGUCAUCAACACAACUAAUACACAAGGGUCUGUAACGUCAACCACAUCCCCGGCUUAUGUUUCUACGGCCACCAAAACGGUUGACGGGGUGAUCACCGAAUAUGUUACAUGGUGUCCUCUAACACAAACCAAAUCACAAGCAAUUGGGGUCAGUUCGUCCAUUUCUAGCGUUCCACAAGCCUCCUCAUUUAGCGGUAGUUCUAUUUUGAGCUCCAAUUCCAGCACUCUUGCUGCCUCGAACAACGUUCCUGAAUCAACUGCAAGCGGAAGUUCACAAUACCAGGACUGGUCAAGCUCUUCUCUUCCGCUGUCACAAACCACUUGGGUUGUCAUCAACACAACUAAUACACAAGGGUCUGUAACGUCAACCACAUCCCCGGCUUAUGUUUCUACGGCCACCAAAACGGUUGACGGGGUGAUCACCGAAUAUGUUACAUGGUGUCCUCUAACACAAACCAAAUCACAAGCAAUUGGGAUCAGUUCAUCCACGAUUAGCGCCACACAAACCUCUAAACCAUCUUCAAUAUUAACAUUGGGGAUAUCGACCUUACAAUUGUCUGAUGCCACAUUUAAGGGGACUGAAACUAUAAACACCCAUCUCAUGACCGAAAGUACUUCAAUCACAGAGCCCACCUAUUUUAGUGGCACAUCGGAUAGUUUUUAUUUGUGCACCAGUGAAGUUAAUCUUGCGUCUUCCUUAUCUUCUUAUCCAAAUUUUUCAUCUUCAGAAGGCUCUACGGCGACCAUUACUAACUCUACCGUUACAUUUGGAUCGACCAGCAAGUAUCCAUCUACUAGUGUAUCUAACCCAACAGAAGCCAGCCAACAUGUGAGCUCUAGUGUGAACUCACUCACUGAUUUUACUUCAAAUUCAACCGAAACCAUCGCAGUUAUAUCUAAUAUUCACAAAACUUCGUCAAAUAAAGACUAUUCAUUGACGACUACGCAAUUAAAGACCAGCGGAAUGCAAACGCUUGUGCUUUCUACUGUCACAACAACGGUGAACGGUGCUGCUACGGAAUACACAACGUGGUGCCCGGCAUCAAGUAUUGCUUAUACGACAUCCAUAUCAUAUAAAACAUUAGUUUUGACCACUGAAGUCUGCUCUCAUUCUGAGUGUACUCCAACGGUUAUUACCAGUGUUACUGCAACAAGCUCUACAAUCCCCCUUUUAUCAACCUCUAGCUCUACGGUAUUAUCUUCUACAGUAUCCGAAGGUGCAAAAAAUCCCGCUGCUUCUGAAGUAACUAUUAAUACCCAAGUUUCUGCUACUUCCGAAGCUACUAGUACUAGCACUCAAGUGUCUGCUACUUCUGCGACGGCCACUGCUAGCGAGAGUUCAACCACAUCCCAGGUUUCUACUGCUUCCGAAACUAUUAGCACUCUCGGUACUCAAAACUUUACCACUACUGGAAGCUUACUUUUCCCGGCUUUGUCUACUGAAAUGAUAAAUACUACUGUGGUUUCCCGAAAAACCCUAAUUAUUAGUACAGAGGUAUGUUCCCAUUCCAAAUGUGUCCCAACAGUCAUUACCGAGGUUGUUACUUCGAAAGGCACGCCUUCUAAUGGACAUUCUUCUCAAACUCUACAAACGGAGGCAGUAGAGGUGACAUUGUCAUCCCAUCAAACCGUAACUAUGAGUACCGAAGUAUGUUCUAAUUCGAUUUGCACACCGACUGUUAUUACAUCUGUGCAAAUGAGAAGUACUCCUUUUCCAUACUUAACUUCUUCAACGUCAAGUUCCUCUUUAGCCUCCACCAAAAAAAGUUCCUUAGAAGCCUCCUCAGAAAUGUCCACCUUUUCUGUCAGUACGCAAAGUUUGCCUUUGGCAUUCACAAGUUCAGAAAAACGCUCCACCACAUCUGUCUCUCAAUGGUCAAAUACCGUUUUAACUAAUACAAUAAUGUCCUCUUCUUCUAAUGUCAUAUCAACAAAUGAAAAGCCCAGUAGUACUACCUCUCCAUACAACUUCUCUUCGGGGUACUCUUUACCUUCUUCUUCUACACCUUCCCAAUAUUCACUAUCUACAGCUACUACAACAAUCAACGGAAUCAAAACUGUGUACACAACUUGGUGUCCAUUGGCAGAAAAAUCUACUGUAGCUGCUUCUUCUCAAUCUUCCCGCAGUGUUGACAGGUUUGUUUCGUCGUCAAAACCAUCCUCAUCUUUAUCUCAGACCUCUAUUCAAUAUACAUUAUCUACUGCUACCACCACCAUAAGUGGUUUGAAGACUGUAUACACGACUUGGUGUCCAUUAACAAGUAAAUCGACUUUAGGUGCUACUACUCAAACUUCCUCGACAGCCAAAGUUAGAAUUACUUCCGCUUCAUCUGCAACAUCUACUUCUAUUUCUUUGAGCACUUCAACAGAAUCAGAAUCUUCAUCUGGAUAUUUGUCGAAAGGAGUAUGCUCAGGUACUGAAUGUACGCAAGAUGUGCCAACACAAUCAUCCUCACCUGCUUCAACGUUAGCAUAUUCCCCCUCUGUUUCUACAUCAUCAUCAUCAUCAUUCUCAACAACAACUGCAUCAACACUAACGUCAACACACACCUCUGUCCCGUUAUUACCAUCAUCUAGCUCUAUAUCAGCAUCUUCGCCAUCAUCAACUUCGUUGUUAUCCACUUCUUUACCAUCUCCCGCUUUUACGUCAUCAACACUUCCAACAGCAACAGCAGUAUCUUCCUCCACUUUCAUAGCGUCUUCUCUACCAUUGUCCUCUAAAUCAUCAUUGUCGUUAUCGCCAGUCUCGUCGUCUAUUUUGAUGUCUCAGUUUUCAUCAUCAUCAUCAUCAUCAUCAUCAUUGGCAUCGUUGCCAUCUCUUUCUAUAUCACCAACUGUUGACACUGUUUCUGUUCUACAACCAACUACUUCCAUCGCAACACUAACUUGCACAGACUCACAAUGCCAACAGGAGGUAUCCACUAUCUGUAAUGGAUCCAACUGUGACGAUGUGACUUCAACUGCCACUACUCCUCCAUCUACGGUUACUGAUACUAUGACAUGUACUGGAUCUGAGUGCCAGAAAACCACAUCUAGCAGCUGUGAUGGUUACUCGUGUAAAGUAUCCGAAACGUAUAAAUCAAGCGCUACAAUAUCUGCAUGUAGUGGAGAAGGAUGCCAAGCUUCCGCUACAAGUGAGCUAAAUUCUCAAUACGUCACGAUGACGUCUGUCAUUACCCCAAGUGCCAUAACAACAACAUCAGUGGAAGUGCAUUCAACUGAAUCCACUAUAUCAAUUACUACAGUGAAGCCAGUUACAUAUACAUCCAGUGAUACUAAUGGAGAACUGAUAACCAUAACAAGUUCCAGCCAAACUGUAAUUCCAUCAGUAACGACGAUAAUAACGAGAACAAAAGUGGCCAUAACUUCAGCACCAAAGCCAACAACUACGACCUAUGUCGAGCAACGACUUUCCUCCAGUGGGAUUGCUACUUCUUUUGUUGCUGCUGCAUCCUCAACUUGGAUUACUACACCCAUUGUCAGUACGUAUGCUGGUUCGGCGUCAAAAUUUCUCUGUAGUAAGUUCUUUAUGAUAAUGGUAAUGGUGAUCAACUUCAUUUAA